AUGGCUGCUGAUAAGGCAGUGCUGCAGCAAGACUUGUCUCCCAGGGACAGCAGCACAGAAAGGCGGCGGCUCGAGACCCUAUCAUGGGAUGAGGAACUUAUUCGUGCAAAGGAAAAGGGCACCAAGCCUAGUUUAGCGAGAGCAAUUUUUCGAACUUUCUGGUUGCGGUAUUUCAUCUACGGUGUAUGUGAGCUGUUUGACCUUCUAAUCCUCAGAGUCGCUCAGCCGCUACUUCUGGGAUUCACUAUUCAAUACUUCAAUCCAGGCAGCACUAUCACAGAAGAACAAGCCUACAUCUACGCAAGCCUGAUGGUGAUCAUCAAUUUCCUGAAGAUGUUCUGUUACCAUCACUACAACAUGCUUACCACAUAUGUCGGCAUGAGGGUCAGGGUGGCUUGCUGCGCUCUUCUGUACCGGAAGGUACUCCGCAUCAACAAGCAGUCCAUGGACGUGACAGCGACGGGGCAGGUGAUUAACCUCAUGUCCAACGACGUGGCCCGCUUCGACGUCGCUUCGAUGAGCGCUAACUGGCUGUGGAUCUCAUUUCUGCAGCUGGCGAUCGUCACGUACUUCUUGUACCGCUCCGUGUCCUGGGCGGCCUUCGCUGGUGUCGUUUAUGUCAUCAUCAUGACGGUUCCACCACAAACGUACAUGGGUCGACUGUCAGCACGUUUCCGGAAGCGUGUCGCCGUCAGGACCGACGAGAGAAUGAGGAUGAUGAACGAGCUGGUGCAGGGGAUACAGGUGGUCAAGAUGUACGCCUGGGAGAAGCCCUUCGCCAAGCUCGUCGCACUGGCCAGGAAAUCUGAGAUCCACAAGCUACUGCAUGCAGCCUACCUGCGGAGUUUCUUGCUGGCGUCUGCCGUCUUCAUCGAGAGGUCUUCGCUGCUGGUCACACUCGUCGCCUACUUCCUAAUGGGUCGCAUCGCCGGUCCUGACCAGAUAUUCUCAAUGGCUCAGUACUACAACGUCCUUAACGGAGCACUGGCAAUCAUGUUCCCGAUGGGCAUAGCGGCUAUACAAGAAGCUAGAAUCUCAGUGCAGCGCAUACAAGAGUUCCUUGUGAAGCCGGAGGCGACUGUAGAGGACAGGAGCGGAGGAGCCGCUAAAGGAGAGGUAUCCUUACAGGAGGCGUCAGCCACAUGGGACGGCGCCAGCCCAUCUCUUUCGUCCAUAAACCUCAACGUCUUACCAGGCACGCUAUGUGCCAUUGUGGGACCUGUUGGGUGUGGAAAGAGCUCCCUGUUGUAUCUGCUUAUCAACGAGCUGUCACCAACAUCUGGAAAGCUCAAGAUCGGAGGGAAGAUAUCAUAUGCGAGCCAGGAGCCGUGGAUAUUCGUGGGCACUGUGAGGCAGAACAUCCUGUUCGGACAGCCUUACGACAAGAAGAAGUACAAGAAGGUGGUGGAGGUGUGCGCCCUGUCCAAGGACUUUGAGCUGCUGCCGUACGGGGACAAGACGCUGGUGGGAGAGAAGGGCAUCACACUCAGCGGCGGGCAGAGGGCCAGGGUCAACCUCGCCAGGGCUGUUUAUCGGGAGGCAGACAUUUACCUGCUCGAUGACCCCCUUUCUGCUGUCGACACACAUGUCGGGAAACAUCUCUUUGACGAAUGCAUUAACUCUUAUUUAAGUGGGAAGACAAGAAUUUUGGUCACUCACCAGUUGCAGUACCUCCAGGGGGCAGACAACAUUGUGAUACUGAAUAAGGGGAUCGUCGAGCAUCAAGGAAAUUUUGAAGAGAUUCUCCAGAGUGGCGUCAGCUUUUCCAAACUGAUGUCAAGUGUGGAAGAGGAAGUUGAAACAGAAGAAUUCAGUAUUGAUCGACAAAGGAGUACCAGGAAGUCUAUGCAGAGCGUUUUGUUGGACGAAACCGGUAAACUACACAGAGAUCCAGCGGAGCAGGACAACAGCGAAAAAAUGAUGCAUGAGAACUUCAGGUGGCAAACCGUGUGGCAGUAUUUCCGGGCAGCUGGUGGCGUCUGCCUGUUGUUUACUGUGGCUCUCAUGAUAAUCAUCGCACAAAUUAUCACCAGCGGUUCGGACUAUGUGGUAACGUUUUGGUCUAACACGGAGGUACUGAGGACCUCUCUCCAGAUGCAACUGGAGGCGGCCGGUGGCAGCAACCAGACGUUGUCAGAGGAGCUGGAGUCACUUCCGCCCAGUGAGUUCUUCCUGGAACUGUUCGGAGGUCUGGUGGUGGGCUGCAUCCUGCUCACACAGAUCCGAUCCAUUGCCUUCUUCAAAAUGUGUAUGCGGGCUUCGCGAAACAUGCACAACACGAUGUUCAACUGCAUCCUCCGGGCGCCUAUGCGAUUCUUCGACACGAAUCCAUCUGGACGAGUUCUCAACAGGUUCUCUAAGGAUAUGGGAUCUACCGAUGAACUCCUACCGCAGUUUUUGAUCAUGAUGAUUCAGAUUUACCUGGUGCUCUUCGGAAUUCUGGCAAUGGUCCUGGUUGUGAACUACGUUCUUAUUGUUCCCAUGGCAAUCGUCGGAGCGUUAUUCGUUUAUGUGGCAAGACUCUUCAUGACGACUGGGAGAAAUAUUAAGAGACUGGAGGGUGUCCGGAGGAGCCCCGUAUUCUCUCACCUCUCCGACACUCUUAAUGGGUUGGCCACAAUUAGAGCAUCAGGGAUUCAGGACAUCGUCAGAAAGGAAUUCGACUCCCACCAGGAUCGUCAUACCUCUGCAUGGUUCUUGUAUGUAACAAACGGGUCAACUCUUGGAAUAUGGUUGGACUUCCUCAGCAGCAUUUUCGUUACAAUCGUCACCUACAGUUUCCUCGUCCUUUCUGUAGGUUCAUUCGGUGGUUCUGGUGUGGGUCUGGCAAUUUCACAAUCACUGAUUCUGACUGGUAUGCUCCAAUAUGGUAUUAUGCAAAUGACUGAAGUGGUCAGCCAGAUGACAUCAGUUGAGAGAGUCCUUGAGUACACCAAGAUCCCUUCUGAACCUGCUUUGGAGUCUGCACCAGACAAGAAACCACCUACCUCAUGGCCACAGCGAGGACAGGUCGUCUUCCAGAAGAUGUAUCUCAAAUACAGCCCAACAGACCCUCCAGUUCUCAAGAACCUCAAUUUCACGAUUCACCCUACCCAUAAGGUUGGCAUCGUCGGUCGAACAGGAGCAGGGAAGUCGUCCCUUAUCUCCGCUCUCUUCCGGCUGGCCCCUAUAGAGGGAGCCAUUCUGAUUGAUGAUGUGGACACCAGCUCUCUGGGACUGCACGACUUGCGGAAACACAUCUCCAUUAUACCACAGGAACCUGUGCUCUUCUCAGAGACUCUCCGCUUCAACCUUGACCCGUUUUCAGAGUUUGAAGAUGGAAAACUUUGGGAUGUGCUUGAAGAGGUGGAGCUCAAGUCGAGCAUACAGACACUGGACUUCCGGGUGACAGAAGGUGGCAGUAACUUCAGCGUGGGCCAGAGGCAGCUGGUGUGUCUGGCGAGGGCCAUUCUGAGGAACAACAGGAUCCUGGUGCUCGAUGAAGCCACCGCAAACGUCGAUCCAGAGACCGACGCGCUUAUCCAGGCUACUAUCCGUAGGAAGUUCAAGCACUGUACAGUGCUGACCAUAGCCCACAGACUUAACACCAUUAUGGAUUCAGAUAAGGUCCUCGUGAUGGAUGCAGGAACUAUGGUGGAAUACGACCAUCCACAUAUACUGCUGAGAAAUCCAUCUGGCUUCCUGUCCAGACUUGUAGAGGAAACGGGCACUGCGAUGGCAGAACAGCUAAGAAGUGUUGCGAAGCAGAGCUACAACGAAGUACAUGGUCUACAGGAAGACUUGGAAGAAGAACAAAUUACAAUGCUGUGAAUCCUAGUACGUCACUUUCUUCUCUAGACCGUCGUGUGUCUUAGAUAUUUUGCUUCAACGUUGUAUCUCAGUAAGAGUAUCCGAGCGUCUAUUGAGGAAGUGAUAGCUGCCACUGAUCUCAGUGACUGAUGGAGAGCUGGAUUUAUUUCGUGCGAACUGUGUUAUUGAAGGCAAGCUGAGUUUUACUGUUAUGUCGUAGCACAGCAGAGAGAGUGCCUGGCUCAGAUGCCCUCUAACAGUUCCGAAGAGCGGUAUCAAAUGAUCUUCCUGGCAAUGAGGUUCCCAUUACUGUUAAACAAUCGCU